UCCACUGUCUCUGCAAUCACGUGGUGUAAGAAAACGAGCGAAAUUGCGAGCGUCCGAUCCUUGUGUGUAUUUGUGCGACUGUGUGUACGUGAAGGAUAGAGAGAGGGAGAGAGAGAGAGUGCGGGGAGGGGGAGGGUGGCUCACUCCUCUGCAGUUUGCUGUAUCUCAGAUGCUGUUAGAGCGCUGUGGAGAGCGCAGAAGGAGCGUGCGGACUCUUACUUGCUGUCUCUGAUUAACAACGCAACGCUCUCCCCACCUUUCCCUUGCUCUCUUUCCACCCUUUCCCUCCUCUCUGCAACUCUUUUUCCCUCUUGAGAAUACAUCUGACGGUUUUUUUCUGUGGUCUGUACCGGGGAUUGUGGUUGCUGAACACUCUGCCUUUUCUUUGCAAAUCUGCCUCCUCGUAUAUUCCGCGUUUUGAACCUGUUUGGAUUUCCGUGGAAGCUCAGGCGCGUGAAUGAGCUAUUUAGAGGGAAGACGAAGAUCAUGGAGUUGAUUGUGAUCUGCCUUUUUCUGUGGAUACUGCAAUGCCAUUCAGCGCGGGCUGAUUCCAUCAUCCACAUCGGUGCCAUAUUCGAGCACAACGCGAUACGGGAUAAUGAGAUUUUUCAACUCGCCAUUUCAGACCUGAGUUUGAAUGACGACAUUUUACAGAGCGAGAGGAUCACCCAUUCGAUUAAACUGAUUGAUCCAAACAAUCCCUUCCAGGCGGUACAAGAAGCAUGCGAGCUAAUGAACCAGGGCAUCCUGGCGCUGGUGUCGUCCACUGGCUGUGCGUCAGCCAAUGCCCUGCAGUCUCUGACCGACGCCAUGCACAUCCCACACCUGUUCAUCCAGCGGAACGGAGACGGCACCCCGCGCACGGCCUGCCAGCUCAACCCCAGCCCCGACGGAGAGAGGUACACGCUGGCCGCCCGGCCGCCCGUGCGGCUCAACGACGUCAUGCUCGCCCUCGUCUCCGAACUCCACUGGCACAAGUUCAUCGUCUUCUACGACAGUGAAUAUGACAUCCGUGGGCUGCAGACGUUUCUGGACCAGGCGUCUCGGCAGGGCCUGGAUGUGUCUCUGCAGAUGGUGGAUCGUAACGUCAGCAAGGUCUUCUCCACUCUCUUCAGCACCAUGCGCAUGGAGGAGCUGAACCGCUACAGGGACACACUGCGCCGGGCCAUCCUGCUGCUCAGCCCCCAGGCCGCGCAGAGCUUCAUCCACCAGGCCGUUGAAACCAAUUUGGCUUCUAAAGACAGUCACUGGGUGUACGCCAAUGAGGAGGUGAGCGAUGCGGAGAUGAUGGAGCUGGUCCACAGUGCCCUGGGCAGGAUGACCAUCAUCCGUCAGGUCUUCCCCCUCUUGCGGGACACCAACAUCCGCUGCAUGCGCAACAACCACCGCAUCUCCUCCCUGCCCUGCGACCCGCAGGAGGGCUACCUGCAGUCCCUGGAGGUGUCCAACCUGUACCUGUAUGACAGCGUGCUGAUGCUGGCGAAUGCCUUCUACCGAAAGCUGGAGGACCGUAAGUGGCACAGCAUGGCCAGCCUGAACUGCAUGAGGAAGUCCACCAAGCCUUGGAAUGGCGGCUGGUCCAUGCUUGACACCAUUCAGAAGGGACGCAUCACUGGCCUCACAGGAACAAUGGAUUUCCGCAGUAACGGCGCCAACUCUCACGUGCAGUUUGAGAUUUUGGGAACGAGCUACAGCGAGACCUUUGGGAAAGACGUCAAACGGUUGGCUACGUGGGACUCAAGCCGGGGUCUGAAUGGAAGCCUGAAGGAGAACCGUGUGGAAAGCAGCAUGCAUGGUGUCACGCUAAAAGUGGUCACUCUCCUGGAGGAACCAUUUGUGAUGGUGGCAGAAAAUAUUCUAGGACAAACCAAACGUUACAAAGGCUUUUCCAUUGAUGUGCUAGAUGCACUUUCUAGGAUUUUAGGCUUCAAGUAUGAUAUCUAUCAGGUAGAAGAUGGCAAAUAUGGCUCCAUUCUCCCCAACGGUUCCUGGAAUGGCAUGAUUGGAGAACUCAUUGGAAAGAAGGCAGACGUGGCCAUCUCAGCCAUUACGAUCACGCCGGAGCGAGAGGGCGUGAUUGAUUUCAGCAAGCGCUACCUGGACUACUCUGUUGGCAUCCUAAUGAGGAAGUCUCAGGAGAACAUCAACAUCUUCUCACUGCUGGCGCCCUUCGACCUGGCUGUGUGGGCCUGCAUCGCGGCGGCCAUCCCUGUGGUGGGAGUCAUGAUUUUCCUGCUGCGCCGCAUUCAGUCCGUCCGUGCGCAGACCCUCCCCGGUCCCCACCCGCCCCCGUCGGUCACCACUUCACUUCAGAGUGCCGUCUGGAUUGUCUACGGAGCCUUCAUGCAGCAAGGUGGGGAUUCCAUUAUGGGUUCGGUGGCUCUGAGGAUUGUGAUGGGUAGCUGGUGGCUCUUCACACUCAUCGUCUGCUCGUCUUACACCGCCAACCUGGCCGCCUACCUCACCGUCUCGCGCAUGGACAAUGCCGUGAGAACUUUUCAGGACCUGUCCAAGCAAAUGGACCUGUCAUACGGCACAGUGAGGGACUCCGCGGUGUUCGAGCACUUCCGGGUCAAGGGCACCAACCCACUAGAGCAGGACAGCACCUUCUCUGAACUCUGGAGGACUAUCAACAAGAACCAAGGACAGGACAACUCAGUGGCUGACCCUGCAGAGGGCAUCCUGAGGGCCAAGACUCAACCCUAUGCCUUCCUGUGGGACAUGGCAGUGGUGGAGUAUGCUACCCUUACAGACAGCGACUGCAGCUUCACCGUGAGGGGGAACAGCAUCUCGAGCAAAGGCUACGGCCUGGCUCUGCAGCACGGCAGUCCGUACAGAGACCUCUUCUCUCAGAAGAUCCUGGAGCUGCAGGAGAAAGGCGAGCUGGACAUUCUCAAGCAGAAGUGGUGGCCCCGCAAGGGCCGGUGUGACCUGGACAGCCAGUCGGACGCACAGCCCGAGGGCCGCGCCCUGCGGCUGCACAGCUUCGCCGGCGUCUUCUGCAUCCUGGCGGCGGGGCUGCUGCUGGCCUGCCUGGUGGCCGCCCUGGAGACCUGGUGGAACAGCCAGCGGUGCCGGCGGGCUCAGCCCAAAGAGGUAACUAAGGAUUACCAAAUGGACGUGGUGUCUGGUCCAUUGACAUAUAAUGAUAUUACAAGUGCUGCAUCGGAAGGGAGGAGGGACAUUUGGACAGAGAGAGAGAGAGGCUGGGAGGAAUCUGAGACUAUUGACACAGGACAAAGAGAUGAACCUGGAACAGGUGCACCAGCGUUUAAGCAGCCUCAUGGACGAGGACCUGGCUCACAAGCAGCUCCCGGGCCAGUCUAUGGAGAUCUCUGCCCUGGACAUCGGCAGCGUGCCACCCAGUCAGAGCCCCCUGGAGGCUGUGCGGGACUACCCGGGAGGGAGACUGUCUGUGAGCACCUUCCUGCACGAGGGACCUGGGGCCGGCAGAGUGCCUGGCCGGACGGUCCCCCUCCCCCUCAGCAGCUCCACUCUCCCCCCAUCCAUCCGCUGCAAGCACCGGGCACCCAACGGCGGCCUGUUCCGCCAGAGCCCCGUAAAGACGCCCAUGCCCCUGCCCUACCAGUCAGUGCCCGGAGGACCCAUCCCAGAAACCACUGACCCCAGCCAUGGCACCUCCAUCUGAGCUGCGAGCAGCCACCAAACGGACACUCUCAGAAACCCUGAACUUUGACCUUUGUCCUGUCAGAGACUCUGGAAAAAAGAAAUAAAGAAACAAGCUUUGGUAGAGGCUGGAGCUGAUGGCUGGAGGUUUUCUCAAAAAAAAAAAAAAAAAACUAGAUCAAAAGACAAAAGACAGAC